GUGGGGACGGGCGCUGCCGCACGUUGUCCUGCCGCGCGCGCGGGGCGGGUCAGGGGGAGGUGACGGGAGCGGCGCGCGCGGCAGCGGCCGUCGGUCAACCGCCGCCCGGCGCGUCUCCAUGGCUCGGGGCCCGUGAGGAGGAGCGGUGGCGUGGCCACAAGCAGAGUCAUCAAUAUGUUCAAGAGAUAUAUUUGAAAGGUGGGGAACAAGUGGAAGAGUUACAACUUUUUGAAGAUACAAACCUAAUCAUACUGUCCUUGUUGCGGAUCUGGAAAGUAAUAAAGGCCACAUUUCAUCAAAAUGCAUCAGAGUCUAUUACAUACUGCAUCUCAGCUGGCGCGUGGGACAUGUUUGGUUUUUCCUCGCACUAGUAUCUUCCAGUGCUUAAAAGGACAGUCGGUGUUGUCUAAUGCUGGGUGCAAAGUGAUUUUGGCACGGGACCCUCCUAAACGACGUCUUCAUGCAGGUGCAGCACACUUUGCCUCAAAGAAAAGUCCUUUUGCAUCACAGCCAGCAGACACUCCUCACAAAGUACCAGAAGAGAAAAAUCCUUUGACUUCAGCCACUGAUACACCCAAGCAGAGCCCUGUAGAGUCAGAUUCUUCAGAACCUGAUCCAUUACAAGACAAAUCAAUUAGUCUCGUUCAGAGAUUCAAGAAGACUUUUAAACAGUAUGGAAAAGUCAUGAUUCCAGUGCAUAUUCUGACUUCCACUGUAUGGUUUGGAUCCUUUUACUAUGCAGCCAUGAAAGGAGUGAAUGUUGUUCCAUUCCUAGAGUUGAUUGGGUUACCAGACAGCAUAGUAAACAUCCUGAAAAAUUCCCAGAGUGGAAAUGCACUAACUGCAUAUGCAUUGUAUAAAAUUGCAACUCCUGCCAGAUACACUGUGACUUUGGGAGGAACAUCCAUCACUGUUAAAUAUUUGCGUAAGAAUGGCUACAUGUCCACACCACCACCAGUAAAGGAGUAUCUACAAGAUAGGAUGGAGGAAACAAAGGAUAAAAUUACUGAGAAGAUGGAGGAAACAAAGGAUAAAAUUACCGAGAAGAUGGAGGAAACAAAGGAUAAAAUUACUGAGAAGAUACAAGAAACCAAAGAUAAAGUUUCAUUUAAAAAACUAAAGGACUAGGAGAGAUGCUUAAUUUUUGGAUAUAUCAAACUUAGCACUUUAACCCUUUGUGAGGCAGGAUAUAUGAAGUGCACUUCUGAGCUUUUUUUUGUUUGUUUUUAUUGUUUCUUCCUGCCUUGUCUGGAGACUGCAGUUGCUCUGGAUUUAAAAAUUCUGUGUAUUCACCAAGGUUAAAAGUCGCCUGGGGAGAGGUUGUGACAAAAUUUCAAUUUACAGAGGAAAAGUAAAUCUCAGAUUAGAAGUUUGUGCGUCCAUUGGUAAUAUCGUUAACAAUUAACUCUUCCCUCUUUUUUUUUUUUCUUUUUAAUCACCACCCCCACCCCCAGUCCACAAUGAAGAUGGUUUCUUCCAACUACUUUGUUCUUCUUCCAUCGUAGUGCACAGCCAUUGUUCCAUUGGACUGAAUCUUCCAUCAAAUGAGAAUUAAGAUUUCUCUGCAGGGAAAGGUAAAAUAUUCUGGUUUUCAGAGUAUGUGGACCCAGGCCUCUUCAGUCGUGAUCAUCUCUCAACUUGGAGACAGACCAUUGUCACCGAUACUGCACAUGAAGGAAUCAAUGGAUUAGCCACUCAGUCUGAAUGAAUUAUAACAGCUACAUUGACUUCAGCUGAGUUGUGGUAGUUUACAGGUUGAGACUAUGAAUCUUUCUUGGACAGUGUAUCUUUUCAGAAACCUCAACUGAAAGCUGUAGGAAGAUGAGUUAAUCACAGUAGCCAUACUGUCAAGUAUACUUUUUUCCUAAAGUUGAUUUACAGUAGAAAGAAAGUUAUUAAAUGAAAUUAAUCAAUAAUCGUAUAUUACAAACUAGGAUUUUUUUAUUAUGUUGAAGUUUACAAAACUGUUCUAUUUCAUUUUUGGAACAAAAACAUUCUGAUAGAGGAGUUUACUUGAGAAACUGGUAUACUAAGGGGCUUUUUAAAGAACAUGAAAAGUUUGAGUUUGGGUUGAGUUAAACCCAAAAGUUCCUCCUCCUAUUCAGGAAUUCCUCAGACUUCAGUAGAACAAUUUAACUAAAUGAAGCAUAAUUUUUGAGACACUGAUCACUGUCUCAAAAACUUUUUUCCCCUAGAUUUUCUUAUGUUAAGCAAACACUUACAGCUGAAGGCUGAAAUGCCGUCUCAAAUAUCAUAAAAGGACUGAAGUUGAAACUGUUCUAUUUAACUGGGCAGGCAAACUUCACUCAUGGUUUUAUUCAAAUGUAGGCUAAAUUGAAAUGUGAUUUUUUAUUUUUUUUUUUCCUAUUUCUAUUGCAGAACUCACUUGGUAGCAACUCUCUGCAUGUGUGUCUUGUUUAACAAAGGUGGGGUUUUGUAGGGGGAUAUGGGAAAGCAACAGAGUUGGACCCUGAGCAUUGUAAUUAACUAGAGUAAAAGAAGGUAGCUGAUACUUUAUCAGCUCAGCCCCACUCUUACAUUUUCAGUCAAGUCACUGGGGGCUUCUCCAGGCUUAAGUGAGUUGAACUUCAUUGACUUCAUUGUGCAGGGCUGGUUAUGUACUUCUCUGCCUCUGUCCACAUGUCAAAUAGUAACUGCAAUCUAAUGCCUACCUCACAGGGAUGUUGUGAGGAGUAAUCAUUGUAUAUUCAGUGCCCUGAAGAUGUAACGUGCCAUGUUUCUGUUAAAUAUUAAAAAAUAAUUCUGUGAA